AUACCUUGGAAGCUCUAUAUCAAUGGCGGCAAUGUUAAAAACAGCCAUUGAAUUUAAGAUAUUUACAUAUUAAACAUCCCUUAUCAUCUUUUACCGGCCAUUUUUCUUCCUAUCUGCUUCAGAAAGUUCUUAUGACAGAAAAAGAGAUGACAGAGGAGUCUUACUUUCAAGAUGGAGAAGAGGCUACUUGUAUCUCAUUUGCGAUGGGCGGCCCCAUAUACAUUCCUGAUAUGGUUGGUCCUCUUACUACGGUCUCUGAUUUCGAGAAGAUUGUGCUCCAAGAGCUUCAGAAGUUGAGAGAAGAGAUAUCUUAUGACUCAAUUGAUAACGGUGAGGAGGAUGAUAUAGGUUUACUUAUUUUGGUGGGUUUUUACAGUACCCAUGAGCUUAGAAUUAUAAAUGAAGAAGAGUUGGUAAACAAGGCUUUUGAGGAAGCAUUCAAGGAGAAUAAGGAGACUGAAAAUCAUUCUGAAACAAAUCUAGAUAAAGUUUCAUGGAUUGUUAAAUGGUCUUUUGCAGAAACUGUCAAUGAGACAAACUUAAGCAAAUCUAUCACAGUUAAGCGAAAGAGAAGAGUCGCUAGUUGCAGUCGUCGCGGUUUAAAGCAACCUUAUAUUGAAAAGGUGGAAGAACUUGCAAAGAUUAAGCAACAAAUAGACGAAGACAAAGCAACAACUUCAUUGCACUCUUUCAAUGCCAAUUGCAGAAUCAAUGAUUCAACAAUCUUUCCGGAACAUAUGAAAAAAGCCCUCAAGUCAGUAAAUACCAUAUCUAAGGGUAAGUUGUCAAACACUUCCAAUCAUGUACCAAUAAGUUACCCUGAAGUUAUACUUUGUGUCAAGGUUUUUCAUUACAAAAAAAUUUGGAUGGAGAAACAAGAGUUCUUGGUUUUAGGUAGUCAACCUUUGAAUCAGUUAAGGGAUAAAAUAUCUUGUUUGACAAAUGAGAUUGUGGAAAAAUCAGGGGACCAUGACACUUCUGGAUAUUUUCUUAUUGAGGAUGUCUUCUGUAAUGAUAGAAAUCCUUCUUCCAUUGACUAUAGUAAGCCAAUAUUUGAUUGGCUGAAGAAUUCUAAAGAAGAAGCCCUAAAAAAAUGGGACUACAUAUUAACUGGUCAAUUGAAAGAGAAGUUCAGAAAAGAUUCAGGUAUUGAACCACUUCGCCACCUACCUCGGUUCAGAGCUGCUGACAUGCACACUACACGAUUUUAUGACUUGCAGUUUAGACUCGGGUUCGGGUAUCUUUACUGUCACCGGGGAGAUUGCAAGCAUAUUAUUGUAAUCCGGGAUAUGCGAUUAAUUAGCCCAGACGAUGUUCAAAACCGAACAGAUUAUCCUAUACUAACAUUCAAGCCAAAAUUGCGAUUCCAGAAAUGCUCAAUCUGUAGGAUUUUCCGAGCAGAGAAGGUUACGGUGGACGAUAAAUGGGCACCGGAGAAUCCUUGCUAUUUUUGCAAGAGUUGUUAUUACACGCUUCAUUAUGUUGACGGUUCCCUGCUAUAUGAUGAAUUCUCUGUUUUUGAUUAUUAUCAAGAAUAGAAUAACUGGAAAAUGUUGCCAUGUUAUAGUUAAGUUAGUUAGAACACUAUGUACUUUUUAAAUCAUAUUUCAUAUAUAGUUAGCAUAUGAGAUCUAAAAUACCUUAUAUAGAUUCAUUUUUAUUACCUUAAUCCAAAAACCCUGUUUAGUUUUU